UAUUCCGACGCACUCCGGAAUGCAUAGAUUUGCACGUGUUUGAUAUAAGUGUGUUGAUAAUUGUACAAAUAAUAUAAUUUUGCGUUAGAUUACAGAGAAACAAAAUGCAACACGACGAUGUUGUGUGGAGCGUCAUCAAUAAAUCAUUUUGUUCCUUUAAAGUAAAUACAAAGACACAGAGGUUUUGCAGAAAUGAGUACAAUCUUACAGGUUUAUGCAGUAGAUCUGCAUGCCCCCUUGCAAACAGUCAGUAUGCUACGAUUAGAGAGGAAAAGGGUAUUAUUUAUCUCUAUAUGAGAACAGCAGAAAGAAUACAUACACCUAAAAAUAGUUGGGAAAAAGUCAAGCUAUCUAGAAACUUUGAGAAGGCAAUACAACAAAUUAAUGAAAAUCUGCUAUAUUGGCCUGGUUUCAUAAAGGCAAAAUGCAAGCAAAGAUUUCUCAAGAUCACACAAUAUCUCAUUCGUAUGAGAAAAUUCAGAUUAAGACGACAAAAGAAAAUUGUACCGCUUCAGAGAAAGAUUGAAAGAAGAGAAAGACGUAGGGAAGAAAAGGCUUUGGUCGCUGCGAGACUAGAAAAUGCAAUUGAGAAACAACUUAUGGACAGACUGAAGAAGGGAAUGUACAAGGGUAUUUACAAUUUUCCGCAACAAGUGUUUGAUAAAGCUGUAGAAGCUGUGGAAGUUGAGGGAGAAAGUGAAGCGGAAAAUGAAGUGGACGAGGAACAGGAACAAGAACUUGAAAAGGAGGUGGAAAUGGAAUUAGAAACAGAUGAGAGGGGAUUUGAGCAAGAUGGUCUGCAAUAUGUUGAAGCUGAUAGCGAUGAUGAUGACUAUGAGGAUGAUGAAGAGCUUUCUAUGGAUGAAGAUAGUGAUUCUGGACAGAAGGAAGAAGUGGAAUUAUCAGACAGUUUUGAAUCUGAAGCCAGUGAUAUUGAGGAUUUACUCAAACCAUCCACAAGCAAGAAAACAGGACCGAAAGUUGUCAAAAAAAGAAAGGUACAGAAAAAAUCGAGAUCAAGAGUAGAAAUCGAGUACGAAAUGGAAGAGGAAAAUCUACAAAGACAACGGGCGUAGCACAGUUGUGUAAAUAUUAUAAUUAUGUGUUUAUAAUAAAAUUGAACAUUUAUUCAACAUUUA